AUGGCCACGCAGGAAAAUAUUCAGCAUCUUAUCCACGUCCGCAACGCACGGCUGAAGGAAGCGUCGGAGGCGCGCGACGUGGAUGCGCUCAUGAAAUGGCAGGCUGCCGAUACCACAUUUACAGACAAGGUGAAUGGUGUCGCCGUCUCUGGCUGGGACGCCGUACGCGACCACUAUGCAAAAAUCUACCUCGCCAUGCCGACGUUCCGCAUCCUCCAAUCUGAGGCAACCGGAUAUACCCCCGAAUUCGUAGUCGGCGAGUUUGAGUGUGAGGCCGUUGCGGGAGCGGAUAUGCCGCAGUGGGGCGUAAAGAAGGGAGACGCCCUUCGGAUGAAGGCUGUUUCUAUGUUUUGGUGGCGAUGGGAAGGCAAAGGCGAGUGGACGGGCGCCUUGGACGAUGAGGCUGUGAGUGGAUGGAAGAUUUAUAGAGAGAGGCUAUACAGUAUGCCGGGGUAA